AUAUAAAAAAUGAAAAGUCAAAUUGUUGAAUUUUACACUGGAAAAACCGUAUUUGUAACGGGAGCAACGGGUUUUAUGGGAAAAGUUCUUUUAGAAAAGUUAAUCAGAAGUGUACCCGAUAUUAAGAAAAUCUACAUUUUAUUGCGACCAAAAAAAGGAUACAACCCCGAACUAAGAGUUAAACAAUUAGCGGAGAGCCCCAUAUUCACCUUUAAUAAUUUAAAUGCAAAAGUCAAGGAAAAAAUUGAAGCGAUUUGCGGCGAUAUAACCAAAGAAGGUUUUGAUAUGUCCAUAAAUGAUAGGGAAAAAUUAAUUGAUGAAGUAUCCGUUGUGUUUCACUUCGCCGCUUCCGUUCGAAUGGACCUUUCAUUAAAAGAAGCUGUUAUUACAAAUACUAAAUCAACUUAUGAGUUGUUUAAAUUUUGUAUGAACUUGAAAAAUUUGCAAUCGGUUGUUCAUUUAUCCACGGCUUAUUGCAACGUUGAAAUUGAGAAUAUGGAGGAGAAAGUGUACCCCAUUGACGUUGAUCCAUACAAGAUUGUCGAUAUGGUGGAGUGGAUGGAUGAAAAGUGCUUAAAUGCUAUUACUAAAAGGUUAUUAGGUCCUCAUCCAAAUACUUAUACGUUCACUAAACGACUUGCUGAAAUAAUCGCCGUUGAUAUGGGUGAUAAACUACCAUUAAUAAUAACGAGACCAUCUAUUGUUGUCCCUUCUUUGUCUGAACCAACGCCUGGUUGGGUGGAUAAUUUUUACGGUCCCAUUGGAAUAUUUCUAGCGGGUGGAAUAGGAAUUUUGAAAUCAUGUUUGUUGGAUGGCGAAGCUAUACCGGAAGUCAUUCCGGUGGAUUUCGCUAUAAAUAGCGUAAUAUGUUGUGGAUACGAAAGAGCAAAGACCAAUUAUUUAACAACGCCUACAAUAAACAUAACUAACAGAUUUCCUUAUACUUGGCGUUAUAUACUGGAUUCAUUUCUGGAAGUUACGUAUAAAGAACCAUUCAAACAUAGUCUUUGGUAUUGCGAAGUGUACCUAACAAAAUCUUAUUUUGUAUUCAUGAUUGCUUCUUUUUUCUUUCAACUAAUUCCGGCGUUGUUGGUCGACUUUCUAUUAAUCAUGUUCCUACAGAAACCUUUCUUGAUUUCCAUUCAAAAACGUCUAAUUUUAUCGUUUGAAAUUGUGAGGCACUUUACAGUGAGAAAAUGGACAUUUGAUAAUAGCAAUUGCAUUAAACUAGAAGAAAAACUAGAUAAAGCUGAUAAGGAAAUAUUUUACGGUAUAAUAACCAAAGAUGCUGAUCUAAAAAAAUACGCUGUAGAAAGUUACAGAACAGCUAAGAAAUACUUAGUAAAGGACGAUGGCAAGAACAUUGAGUUGUACCGAUUCCGGGACACAAUAUUUUAUUUUCUGAAUCUCUUCGUUAAAUUCUAUUUAUUGUACAUGGUGUUAAAAGGUUGUUAUGUAUGUCUUAGUUAUUGGUUCUAA